AUCGACUCAUUACGCCUUGUUACACACACAGCACAUGGUUACCGGAUUCUCCACUACCACACUAAUAACUACAUGGGAAUAUUUACUAAUUUAACGAGCUAAUACUUCAGAAACUGCGGUCCCUUUGAGAAAAACAACAAUGUCACAGGUUCAGGCGAGGUUUUUCACGGAAAACAAAAAAUUCGCUGUAGAUGAUGUGCCUUUCUCCAUCCCGGCUGCCUCAGAGGUCACCCACCUGAGCGAUGUGAUUAAUAAACUGCUGGAGGCCAGGAACGCGGAUCACAAACAUGUGGAGUUUGACUUCCUGGUUCGAAGCCAGUUCCUGCGCUCCACACUGGCCCGUCACAUGGAGGCGGAGAACAUCUCAACGGAAGAAGUCGUGGAGAUUGAGUACGUAGAGAAGUUCACUGCACCGCAGCCAGAGGAGUGUAUCAUGCACGACGACUGGAUCAGCUCAGUGGAGGCAGACUCAGAAUGGAUCCUCACAGGGUCGUAUGAUAAGACAGCACGGAUCUGGUCUCUCGAAGGGAAGGCGAUGAUGACCGUUGCUGGACACACAGACGUGGUGAAGGAUGUGGCCUGGAUUAAAAAAGAGGGACUGACCUCGCUGCUGCUCACCGCCUCGCUGGACCAAACGGUGCUGCUGUGGGAGUGGAACUCGGAGAGGAACAAACUGAAGGCCCGUCACUGCUGCCGUGGACAUGCUGGGAGUGUGGACACUAUCGCCGUCGACCCCACGCGCACUAAGUUUUGCAGCGGAUCUUGGGACAAAAUGCUGAAGCUCUGGUCAGCAGUUCCAACAGAAGAGGAGGACGAGGUGGAGGAACCCAACAGGCCACGGAAAAAGCAGAAGACUGAGCAGCUGGGGCUGACGAAGACUCCUCUGAUGACUCUGUCUGGUCAUACAGAAGCCGUUUCCAGCGUCCUGUGGACGGACGCAGAGGAGCUGUGCAGUGCAUCAUGGGAUCACACCAUUCGGCUUUGGGACGCUGAGACGGGAGGGCAGAAAAGCACGCUGACGGGCACUAAGGUGUUUAACUGCGUCUCGUACUCGCCGCUGUGUCGCCGUCUGGCCUCUGGGAGCACCGACAGACACGUCCGUCUGUGGGACCCGCGCUCUAAAGAUGGUUCUCUGGUUCUGCUCUCGCUGACGUCACACACCGGUUGGGUAACAGCAGUCAGGUGGUCUCCUUCCCACGAGCAGCAGCUCAUCUCCGGUUCACUGGACAACAUGGUCAAACUCUGGGACACGAGGAGUUGUAAGGCUCCUCUGUACGAUCUGGCGGCUCAUGAGGACAAAGUGCUGUGUGCUGAUUGGACAGACAGCGGGCUGAUUUUAAGCGGAGGCGCCGACAACAAGCUGUACACGUACAGAUACUCGGGGUGUGUGACUGACGCUGGGGCAUAAAGCUCAUUCCCUCAUGACCGACUUCACACCUCAGCACAUGAACUCGCAGCAGAGCCCAGCUGUGUCCUACAGCUCGACUGUGGAAAUAAACCCUACUUCAUCUCACCUCCUCUACGCCGGACUCAGUAACCGGCGGUUUCACGCUGUUUUAUUGCUCCUGUUUUAUAUUUUUCAUAUCCACAUAUUCAUGUUUGUCCUUUCUCUUCUGUAUUCUAACUGAAUGUAAAGAAGACUUCGGCUGAUUUAAUACAGAUUUACUGUCACCUCAAA